AUGUUUGAGCAGUUGUUUGGCUUUUUCGAAACAAAUCUUGGAUAUGCAACUGUGGAUAUCCUUUCUUAUCAACCUAUAAAAGAAAAAACUCGAGUCUUCAUAAGGAUCUUAGAUUACGACUUACGACGAGAUUACGAUUUAUCCGAGUGUCCUAUCCAUGCGCGCGGUAGCAUGGUUCUGUUAUUUUAUUCGUCAUUCUGA